GGCGGCGGCGGCCGGGUCGAGGUCGCCGAGGCGCUGUGACGUCACUACGGCGGCGCCCGGCGCCCGGCGCGCGGCGGCCACUGUAGCGCUAUCGAUCGGCCGGCUAUCAGUGGCAACAUGGCCGCAGCCGGCGCACACCUGUGAGAGGCGCGCUGCCGCCCGCUCCGCCGCACCCAGUCGCCGCGCCAGCCAUGGCACCGGCUGGCCGGACCGCGGUCCUCAUCGCCGGCUGUGUGCUCUGUUUGGUCACCACCAGCACUGGAUCCAGAGAUGCAUCUCCUCUGAAAUCACUACAAACGGAAGAGGGAAACAUCGAUGACUUGAUAUACAGGAUAGAACAGCUCCAAGAACAAAAGCGAGCCCAGCAGAAGCAGCCACCACCGGCACCGCGGCCCUCAUCAGUCCGACACCCGAGCAAGGCACAGGACCCGUCCACCGUCCACCCGCCGCGGCGGUUCGCCUACUACCCGAGCGACCCCGAGUACCACGCCCCGCGGCGACCCGAGGUCGUGACCCGACCGGCCAAACAUGCCGACCCGGGUCAAGGCCAGGCGGCGUCCAAGGGCGCCAAAGUCGUUGACGCUGCGGCGGCGGUCACCGACGCCCCGGCGCCACUUGCCGUGACCUCUGGUGACCUUCCUGUGACCGCGCGGUAUCGCGGUGACCCGGAGGAAGUCAGCCAUGACCCGGCCCGUCACAAGCGUCCCUCGGAUGACACGCAGGUGGUGCAGGUGCAGGCGGACGCCCUGCUGGCACCGGCACCCAGCCGCGACAAUAUGUCCGACAUCUAUUUCAUCGUGACGGUGGCAGGGGUUUGCGCCAUGGCAGUCGGUGUGACGGUGGCCGGAGGAUUCUGCUACCACCGGAUGCAGAAGCGCUCGAAGGCCGCCAGUGACGCCGAGUAUCCUGCUUAUGGGGUCACGGGUCCCAGCCGCGACCUCAGUCCGUCUGGGGAUCGCAAACUGGCCCAGUCGGCCCAGAUGUACCACUACCAGCACCAGAAACAGCAGAUGAUGGCCAUGGAAAAGACCCAUAACGGCCGCCACGGCUCUGCUUCUGACGUGGACUCGGAGGAGGAGAACGAGGAGGGCGACUACACCGUGUACGAGUGCCCUGGACUCGCCCCGACCGGGGAAAUGGAGGUGAAGAACCCGCUGUUCCAGGACGACCAGACACCGGCGCCGCCCGCCGCUAGCGACAGCAAGUGAGCGGCCGGCGACGGUGGCGCCACCUGCGCCGACUGCGCCGGGAUCGGUAGCGCCACCUGGAGCAGGGUUCGUCCCUGUCGGAGCAGUGGCCGGCCGGCCGGCGGGAAUAUUGAGUCCACAGCGAGAACGGGACGCGGCAUACGAUCACAGCCGGCGUCAUCAGUCAGCCUCGCCACUAUUAUCCUGCUAAAAUAAAGUUAUUAGCCCAUGACCGCGCACUGUGCGAGCAUAGAGAUAAAGCUAUUUUCAUAUGACGUCAUCGUAAAUAGGCUUUAAUCGUCAAUAACCGGAUGUAUGUUAUUAUACUGGUAAAGUUGCGUAUUCCAUGAAAUUUAUUUUCGUAUGAAUUGUUCUCCACGGCAAUGCUGCACAAGCCAGUGUUUUCCGGACACAUUGAAAAACUCAUAUGGGCUAGCAUGCACAAGAAGAAGCGAAUUCCAUUGUUCUCUAUUAGGUACGCAUAAUGACAUUCACAAUCAAUGUCCUUAAAAACAUAGCUACAUUUAGACAGCUUCUUCGAAGACAUAUGUAAUAUACACACCCAACAGCCAAACGACAGGUCCAUCUUUCACGGAGUAGAACACCACACCUGGCUUUGUUUUGGCAAAGGCAAAAGCAAACAGAUUUUCGGCGUGUUAUUUAUGAAAGGCUUAACGUGUUCCCGUUUAUUUGGUUUUCAGGGAGAAUUUCGAUUCUCAUUUCUGUCAUAAUUUACAUAUAUAUAUCUGGCAUCUCGUUAAGGCGAAACUACCUUUUCUUGAUAAGCAAGGUCGGCGCCGGAGCGCUGUAAUUGGAUUUGCUAUGCUUACCGCCCCUCGAUAUUAUUACUAAAGUUUUAUCGAAAAAGAAUGAGUGGUAUGUACUUGGUAGACGAUAGUAUACGCAAAGUUAGGCAUUAUUCUCAGCGCAGUCCUGCCCCUGAGUCAAUCCAGUCCUGGGCGAGCACUGGCAGCAGUAUGAAUCCAUUAGAAGCCAUUGCAUGGCUUUUUAGUAACAGUUCACAUUAGUAAGAUAGCAGUUAGGCACCGUAUUUAUGUUUUAUGGCUUUGGUGGCACAAGCACAACGUUGAUAUAAAGAAGCUUCAAGAGAUACCAUGAUUUCCGUCUUUUUAAUGGACGACGCCAUUAAAUACGCCCCGGUUGUAGUUCCUACAGGGUGUUUCACAAUAAACGUUACUUUUGAUAAGCUUUUAAAAUGACCUCAAUUAUUCGUAUGCCCAUAAAUUCUAUAUUCAUUUUGUUGCAAAUUCUUUCGGGUUUUUUAUCCUUACCAAACUAUUACGAAUCAUCAACUGCAUUCUUUAUGUACGUGCAAUGUCCACACCAUCAAAACGGGUCAAUUCGCUGUUAAGCUUCAGGGUCCUUCACAAUGAAUGUUGCUUUUUCAAACGACGAUGUUUCAGUGACAUGUAUUACAUAUGGCUCAUGAGUAUUACCACAUGAAACAGCAGAACAGCAGGACUGAUGAACAUAUAACUUUCAGUUCAGCACCCUUCACGGGUUCUCCACUAUGCCACCCUUCCGUCUGACUUUUUCAACCAGAUUUUCUGGGAUCGCCGUCCGGCCAGGAGGCGGGGCUGGUCUCUUGUUUCCGGUCUUCUGGAACCUUUCUACCACCCGUUUGAAAGACAUUUUUGACGGAAUAUCCUUCCUCCUUUUAAAAUGGCUACCGAAACUCCGUCGCACUGCGGUCAGACUUCGCAAAGCGCCGUAAUGCAUGACCACCCAUACUGCCUCAUCAUUUGUACACGGCGAAUUGACCCGUUUUGAAGGUGUUGGCAUUGCACGUCCAUACAGAUGGAACCGUUGACGGUUUGAAAAAAAAAAGAUAUAAGGACUAAAAACCGUAACAAAUUUGCAGCAAAAUGCAUAUAAAAUUUACGCGCUUACGAACAAGUAAGAUCUUCAUUUAAGCUAUUCAAAAGUAACAUUUAUUGUGAAACACCCUGUAGAAUAGUGCGAUGAUUGUCGAAAAAAAUCCAGUCACUGAAGAUCAGAAGCUCAGUUAGAGAAAGAAUCUGAAUCAUGAAACUCAAUAACGAAACGAUUUAGUCUUUUUGGCCGAGACAUAGCGCGUUUGAGCUUACAAGAAUGAUUUUAACGGGCUUACCAGUGCCAGUUGAUUGUAAGGCAUCAAAUAGUAAAUUGAGCUAAAUGUGAAUGUAAUUACACAGUUCUUUAAUGUUAACGGACAUUCAAGCUCUACAAUUUAACCUAAGAAGGCUCUUGGCUUACUUUACUUUAUUUUCUUAUCCAGAGAAAGGGCAGAACCAUCAUCUGCAACCGACGCAGCAAAUGAAACUAUUCCAUUGACUGAAAUUUUCCGAAGAAAUACAAAAAAAAAAACUACAACUCAUCCAAAGAGAAGCAUCUGGAUUGAUACACUACAUACUAAAAAUAUGUUAUGCGUUGAAAUAAUUACAGCGUACCUAUAGUCUUCUGUGUAGUGUCAAGUAACCAACCUCAAAGCGUAGAUGCUAAAGCUGAAGCUUUACCGGGUCUGCAUCUACCAAAUAACAGAACCUAUGUGUAUUUAUUUCGUGUGUCUGUGAUGUCGUUACCAGAUAACAUGACGGGUGCCGAGCCAAUAUAACCUUGCAUGGGCCGCUUUUGUCGUUAGGUAUCGUGCAUAUCGGCCGGGGCGCCGUCGACCGUCUCGACUGGCGUGUGAUGUGGAUGUGCUAUCCGUAUUAGCUCGUAGGUUGGCCAGCAGCAGUGUUAUGCCAGUAGUUACGUAGCUGUAGUCCUGUGUUAUAUGGCGGACGCACUUUCUGACGAAUACGCUAUUUUCUUGUAGUCUUCUGUCUUUUAGCGCUCGUUGAAAUGUUAGCCGAUGUAGCUAUCGUUUCCUGAAUCUCUAUUCUUCUUGACGUUUUCGUGGUGAAAAUCUAUAAAACAGUAAGAGAAGUGGCUAUUUUACUGUAGGAAUUAGUUAUAGCGUAGGUUGUUAGUUUGGCGCUCGCUGUGUCGUGCACCGUUCGGCGACGUAAGGUCCACGCUGCGCUCUCUCGUGUCUGUUGAUGUACUGCAGCGAUGGUGCAGAACAACUCGUGCUCUGUCUUUUCUAUCGGUAUCGGUGGGUGGCAUUCCGUCUAAGUAAACUAUCGGAAUCGUGGGCGUUCUCGUUGCUCCGUCUAUGGUGUUGGUAUUGGUGACCGGUGUGGUCCCUGCUCCGUCUUUUCUAUAGGUAUCGGUGGCCAGCCCCUGUACCACCAUUCUCAAUGGGCUAGCCCCUUCCCUCGUGUGCGCCGAAUCCGUAUCGGUCGCGAGCUCUUGCUCCGUCUCUGUUCUGUGGGCGCUGGAACGCUGUAUCGCUCUUUCUAAGCGUAAAGUCGCUAUCGAGGUCCUGUUCUCUGUUCUGUGGGGACGUCAGAACGCUGAACCGCUCGUUCUGCCGCGCCGUGCCGGCGGUGUACCUGAAUGUGCCACGUGUCUCUUCGGAACAGCGAUGUGUGUUCUGUUCGUCUCCUGUGCAAUAGUUAACUACUGUACGGUGAAUUUCGGAUUCUGUCACUCUUGCGCAAACAUAAUUGGCAUUUGUUUAUACAACGAACGGUGUUGUACUUUUCCCGGUAACAGCUAUUCGGCUUUAGUUAGGUAUAAGGUAUGUGUCAAUUUAUCAUCCGGCCUAACAUCACCGAACUACUUCUAACUUUGCAUGUUUUGUUGAUAAGGCGUGCUUACAGCGCACCGUCUAUUAAGUCGAAUAUUCGUCCGCGAGUGAUAACCGAAUAAUGACAUUCUAUCCAUCUAUGACAUGCAAUCUAUCCGCGAUAGUCUAUCUGCAUCCAUGACGUGUUACCCACCCAUGACAUUAUAUCCAUCCCGAUUGCGCGCAAACUGAUCGAUCCCAUCUAAAGGUAACAUUGUGCGAAAAAAAACAUAUGUUUAGGAAAUGGCAGUGUAAUUAAUAUCGGCGAAAUAGCAUUAGCCUAUUUGACAGCAGAUAAAGCGAAACACUUCUCUUUUUUCUAUCACAAUAUCCAAAACGGUAAUGGCUUUCGCUGGAUCGUUGUGCUACGAUUAUAAGACCGGGUAAAUAUAAACGCCGUUUGUGUUAUAUAAGUAGAUAAUUGGAGCCCGGAAUGAUAGAGGAAAUUGGAAUCAGUCCUUUGUCAUUUCACUAGACCGGAACUCAAGUUACCAGGUUUUGAAUUUAAAACGGAGAAAUUAUUGCCAAUAUGUGAUUUGCUCCAUAUGCAAAACAUGUAAAACUUCCGGAGGAUUAAACCUGAAUUGAAAAUGCUUUCAAUUACGAGGAAUAAACUUUUGAGUUGA